CUCCCCGGGAUCAAGAGUUAAUCCCCCCCCGUGUGACAGAGGCACAAACCGCAGCCAGAAUGGGCAACAAACACUCUUGCAUCCCGAAACGGUUGAAACGAUUAAAGAAGAGGCGAAAAGGAGUGAGAGAAAGUCGGGAACAAAUACAGAUUUAUACCAAGUUGCAAAACGGGUUGGAAACUGAUCACAAUCAAGAUUACUACUGCUUGCAGGUAGAAACAUGUUUGGCAAAGGAGCAAACUGAAAGAUCACGCAGAGAUGAUGUUCGAAACAGCGGGCCAGUUUUUAAAAACGGAUGCACACCAGGAGACCAGUCAAAGAUGAGGAUGAAUUUGGUUACAGAGCAAAAUGAUCGUUCCGAUAUAGAAGGCACAUUGCUCCUCAAUCCCAUCAAGGAAUGGGAUCAAAGUGGGAUGGAGCUGGAAGAUUUGGGGAAAAUAAUCCAUUGCUCGAAGGUCAAGAUCAAUUGGCACUCUUGCAAGGAAGUAACUGACAGAUGUCUGGUACUCUUCCAAAACCACUUGGUUAUUCUCUCAGAUGACUUCCACGGUUUCACUUACCAGGGCACGCUGCCUUUAGCAGGGAUUUCCGUGCAUGAUAUGAAUGGAGCUAGCGACGGUUCUGGGCAGAGCCAUAUGUUUCAAAUCACAGGUCCUUUGGUGCACCCUUUUACGGUCUACUGCUCAACCGAAGAGGAAGUGAAGGAGUGGCUUUAUCACCUUGACAGACAGAGGGAGGAAAAUAGCAAGCUACCAGCGAUGUGUCGGGGACGAUCAUUGAGAAGCAGCAAUCGCAAUUCCUUUGGGCAACACAACCACGAUAUGGACUUGAAGACAUUGGUACUGAGCCAGCCUCUCCAUGGAGGGGAGAGGACAAGCAUCGGUUCCCUGGGUAGCAUCCUCUGGAUAUCAGAGGCAAAGCUGCAACACCUGCCUUCUCAGGAGAAGCAUGACCGUCUCUUGGUUCUCUUUCCAACUACGCUUCUCAUCCUGAUGCAAGUCGACUACUCCCUGUUUUACAAGGGGGAGCUUCCACUUAAUGCUCUAACUAUAUCAGAACAAGAUCCAUCUGAUAGCGAAUCAAGCACGUUGUUGAUGGAAGGUAAAAUGAUCAAUCAGAUUGUGGUGGCCUGCCCCAGCAGAUCUGUAUACCAGAACCUAAUUCAUCACCUGAACUCUACAGGGGUCACUGUCCACAAAUACUCCUCGGUUAUUACAGAACGUGACGGCAAACACUUGUUGCAACGCAGAGAACAGCUUGUAAACAAGAACGAUCCUUUACGAGAAACACAAGGAGGAAAAGGAAGUCCAGGAGAAGUGUACGGAGUCUUCACCUUUCCCCAAAAGCCAAUAGAAAUGAUCUCUGUGUCAGAACAUCUGCCCACAGUGGUUGCUGAGACGGAACAGCCCCUCUCCCCUGAUUACACAGAGCCUUACACUCCUCCACCAUUGCGUUCCUCUGCACCGGCUGAUCAUUUAAAUCUUCCUUCAAUUGCGGAGAAGCAUAAAUCCUCACCCCUACCGGUCUGCCGGAACAGCGUGAAAGUACCGGGCCGUAAGCAGCAUUCUUUGUCCCAGCCUUCACCCCUGUCCGGCAGUGUUUCCGAUAACCUGCUUGUUACUGGAAAUCGCCUGUCAUUUGGCUACGCAGAGCCCUUUGCUGCUUUGAAGAUGGAGGCAGCCCUUUCUGAGGACAUGCUAUCUCAUGGACAGACAUUCACCGCUCAGGAUCCUUUAACAAACUGGGAACAGAGUACCAAUCGGAAAUCAGGAUCCAGUAAUUCCAGGCCAUCUAUCGCAAUGCAACCAGGCAACAGUAGUGUUAAUCAUUGUUUAUCUAACGGUGAAUGUUUCAACAACCCUCUGUCUCCCACCUACGCUGAACCAUACCUGCCUUUAAAAUUGCAGCCAGCACCCCCUGCAAAGCCACUUUGGCUUCGAGAGCCUUUAUCCAGACACAAUUCAUCACCAUCACCAGCCCACGAAGGUGAUCAGAGAGUAUCACUUUGGAAGACCCAUGCUUUGUCCCAGCAGCCUGGAAGCUACAAUGCUUGUUUUAGGGAGGACCGUUACUCACUUACAGAUGGACACAUGGACACCCCUCUAUCACCAGCAUACGCUGAGCCCUUUGGGGGAAUCACAAGAGACUGUCCAUCUAUAAGAGUCUCUUCUACUGAGCCUGUCUUCAAACAGAAAGAUACAUUGGAUGUGGAUCAACGGAGCAUCAUGGUACCAUCCACAGAGGGAAGGUCCUCUCUAUCAUUACCUUCUGUGUCAGAGAACAGCUCCUGUACAUACACGGAUGGGAAACUGCUCAGCAAUAUUCUUUCCCCUACAUAUGCAGAGCCCUAUAACUCUUUUCAUUUUCCCUUGGACUGCCACAGGGUCAGAGACGGGGUACCCAGGAAAGGAAGUGCUGAUUUUCCUGUCCAUUUCUCCAAAGAUGACAACUUUGAAUAUUUUGCAAUAAUGGAAGUUUUAGAUAGCUACAGAGAAGAGAAGGCGAUGAGCUGGUACAGCGAUGACACCAGGUUCUCCGUCACCUCUUCUGAACCCACCUACGCAGAACUUGAGAGCCCUCAGGCGGAUACUGAUGAUGGAUUCUGGGACUUCAAGCAGCAGUUAAUGCCCCAUCUUUCCCCCGCCACCCUCAGGAAGGUGUGCCAGCGAGGGAUGGUUGACUCGAGACUGCAGGGGGUGCUGCAUAGGUGGUCCUGAACCCCUGGGAAGCUAUUAACAGUCUGAAUUGUUUGGAAUAUCAUCCCAUUAUGGUGAAUGUGAAGAUGCAAUACUCUACUAACCUGUGAAGAAGGGUCCAACGUUUUGGAAAAAGAUUUGUUUCAACUUUUGUUAAUCUCUCCCCCUCCCUUCCUUCUCUCUUUUCUCUAUUCACAAUUCUGGCUCCCCUUACUCCUUCUCUUCUCCUCACCUAGCUAUCUUCUCUCUCUGGUGUCCCUCCUACUGCUCUUUGUUCUAUGGCCCACCCCUCUCAUUCCCCUUUCUGGCUCCCCUCUUGCCCCUACUCUUCUCCUUAUCUGCCCAUCACGUCUCUCUGAAGCCCUUCCUAUUUCUCCCAUGGUCCACUCUCCUCUCCUAUCAGAUUCAUUCUUUUUCAGCCCUUUAUCUCCUACACUUAUCACCUCCCAGCUUCUCUCUUCAUUCCCCCUACCUGGUCUCACCUAUCACCUGCCAACUUGUCCUCCUCCUCCUGUCCCCAUCUUCUUCUUCUGGCUUCCUACCCUAGGAUAGUUCUUAUGCUAAUGCUAUGGUACCUCUUGUCUGAUGGUAGGGGGUCAAAGAGAUUGUUGGACAGAUGGGAGGGAUGAUGAAGUGUCUCGGCCCGAAGCGUUGACAAUUUGGUCAUUUCCAUGGAUACUGCCUGACUUGCUGAAUUCCUCUGCCAUUUUAUUUGUGUUGAUUUGGAUUUCCAGAAUCAACAGAACCACUUGUAUUUAUGAACACUGUACCAACCUGUGAUUAUUGACCCCUGUUUAUUUUCUGCAUGUGUUUUCUUAAAGUACCCUUGACUGUUGGUCAUGGAGAAGACAGUUCUAGAUAUCUCUCUUGUCUUAAGCCCAUCACCCUUACCAGGGCAUAGGCUGCCAACAGCAGAUCACCAAAGUCCUCCAUGCUGGGUUAGUCUUUCAAGUUAUCCCAGGUGUAGCACAUCUCCUAGACAAACCUUCAUUUCUCAGGGAAGAGAUCUUUGGAGCUUCUGUUGGCGUUUCUGUAGCACUGAGUUUUUAUGGGAUGGGAUUGUUAGCCCCAUGCCCAACCCUCCCUUCACAGUCAGGCUUGGGACUGUCCAUAGUGGAGUUGGUCUAGAUAUCAGUCAGCUGAAAUUCACUUACACUCAGAGGCCAUUUUAUUAGGUACACCUGCUCGUUAAUGCAAAUAUCUAGUCAGCCAGUCAUGUGGCAGCAACUCAAUGCAUAAAAACAUGCAGACAUGGUUUCUUAUUGUUGUACAGACCAAACGUCAGAAUGGGAAAGAAAUGUGAUCUAAGUGACUUUGCCCGUGAAAUGAUAGUCGGUGCCAGACAUCGCGCUUUGAUUAUCUCAGAAACUGCUGAUCUCCUGGAAUUUUCAUGCACAACAGUGAAUGGUGUGAAAAACAAAAAAAAAAUCCAGUGAGUGGCAGUUCAAUGGACAAAAAUGCCUUGUUAGUGAGAGAGGUCAGAGGAGAAUAGUCAGACUGGUUCAAGCUGACAAGAAAGCAACUGUAACUCAAAUAACUACAGUGAUGUGCUGAAGAGCACCUCUGAAUGCACAAUACGUAAAACCCUUAAGUGUUUGAGUUACACCAGCAGAACACACCAGACUCCACUCCUGUACCUUAUAAAGUGGCCACGGGUGGAAGUUCACAUUCAUAAUCAGGAAUGGAUGAGUUUGGUUGAGACAUCAAAAAUCUUGGGCAGAGGGUCUCGGCAUGAAAGAUCGACUUUCAUAGAUCUUGCCUGAUCUGCCGAGUUCCUCCAGUAUUUUGUGUGUGUUGAUCUGAAUUUCCAGCAUCUGCAGAAUCUCUUGAGUUUAUGGUGAAGAUCAGUACUGUUUUGGUGUCAUGGCAGUAUAGGCUUAAUGAUCUGAAUGACUUUGCAUGUGAUUAAUAGUGGCUACGGCACAACUUUACCAAAUUGAGAGUCUACGAGAUUAACUCUACUCCAUUUGGGACCAGACAAAAAUUAAAACAGUUUACACUUGUGUGAAAGUAUUUGGUGAAAUUCUUCAUGAUGUGAGCAGGCCUUAUAUCAUCCUGUUAUAUUCUAUUGUUAAUAUUUUUAUUGUUUAUUUUUAAACUAUUCCCAUUGCCUUGUAAUGAUUAA